GGGGCGUGUGUCUCUGUGGGCGGAGCUUCCCCACUUCCUGAGCCCGUCUUGGACAGUGUUCUUGGAGCAGAUCCUCCUGCAGUGCGGCGCUGCACCUGCCGCAGAAAACAGCCUCUCACCUGCGCGUUUCCCCGGAUGUACAUGGAAGAUGAGUCUCUGACCCGCUGAAGUUGACGAACCAGAACCAGACAGCAACGAUGAAGAAGAGGUCGCUGAACCUUCUGGGCCGGAAGAGCGAGUCCCUGUUCGGGCCCAGCGUGGAGGUGGCGGACAGAGAUAACGUGGAGUUUAGGGUUGUACCUUCUGCAAUUCCUGAGUCGGGGAUGGCCAGUGUUCGGUCCAGGCCCACAGUCAAGCACGUCCCUUUCUCCUUGGAGAGUUUUCACGGACACGCCGUCCCAACUCCCACAGUCCCUGUCCUUCCUCCUGCCAGCGGUCCAAAGGUCAACGGCUCAGUUGUCAAAGAUCCGCUGCCCAACGGGUCGGUUCUGAGUGGGCCUAAAGUCUCCAAUAGUGGCGCAUUCGUUCCUCCUCCUCCUUCAACGGCACCUCCGCCCCCUCCUCCUUCAGUGCCACCUCCAGCUCCUCCUGACAUUUUCAUCCCGCCUCCACCCGACUUCCUGGGUGACCUCAGCACUCUAAACAUGUCAGCCCUUCAACCGCCAUCAAUGCCUGCACCAAAUCCUCCUUUCACUCCACCACCCACAAAGCAAGAGGAUUUAUCCCUACUAAAGCCGCCUCCGAUGGCUCCACCCAAACCUCCAUCCACCAGCUCCACUGGCUCUUCAUCUUCUGCAGCCGUCUCUGGCCCACCACUCGCCCCAGUUUCCAAGGCUGCUCCACCCGUCUCAGCACAGCCUCCUGCAGAGAGGCAACACAAGACUUUCAAGGCUCCGCCUCCAAAACCUGUAAGAACAUCGUCUGCAUUCAUCAUCGACUCCCCACCUCACACUCCUGCAUCAACCCCCCCCCAAAGCUCAGUCACCGCCUCCACCUUCAAUCCCCAAAUCACAGCAAAGGUUUAUGACGUUCCAAAGACCACAUUUCUCAAAGAGAGUGAGGAUCACAGCACGAAGCCUAAGCAGAUGUUGAUCCUUGAAGACCCUCAAUCUGGGGCCCCCGUUACUGUGCUUGUGAGCGGAGACACAAAAAAACCCACACUGGUAACACCCCCCACCAAACCAGUGCCUAAGGAUGUGGAGAAGAACUUGGAAAUCCUCCAGCCUCCUCUGCCUGAGACGAACAAGGAACCCAAAACAGACACAGUGUCAAGUCAGUCUGAAACCCCUAAACCGCCGGAGUCUCCAAAGCUUCAGCCAGUGACCAACGUUCACCUUCAGUCUGGUCCAACUUACAGCCGCCAUGCCAGUCCAAUCCUGGAUCGUAAGCUUCGGAAUCUGAGGGCCAAUGAAAUCUCAGGGGUGCGAGAGGGCUCCUCCUCAUCUUCGUUAUCUCCGUUAGCUCUCUUACAGGCAGCCAAAGAGAGAGAGAAACUCAGAACAAGUCAGCCUUUGUCACGAGAAGGCAGCAACACGAGUGAGGCCUCCAGCUCUCACCGGAGCUCCUCCCCUUCGGAGUCCUUCGCUGGCACGUCAAUAGCCGACCCUCCAGCUCCUGUAAGGGUAUUGGACGGCACAAAGGCUGCAGUGUCUGCAGAACAUGCACAAGUUCAGACUCCCCAAAAACAAAGCGGCCCCCUACCAACCCGGGAACACAGGCCUUCCUCUGAUCCGGCCCCCAGCAAACCCACAGCAUCUUCAAUAGGGAGCAACUUGACAGAGCAGACGUUCAGCCCUUCAUACCCCCAAACCGAGGAGCUGGAUGUCCCCCUGCUGCCCCCGCCCCCAGAGUUUGACGAUUUCAGCGAAAUAACCGAGCCCCCCCCCACCGUCUGUUCACCUGUACCACCAAUGAAAAAUAGUACAUCAACCGAGGCCCCUCCAUCUCAAGUCCCAGCACCUCCUCCCAACACUGCAACCCCCGGUAAAACAGCACCUCCUCCCAACACUGCAACCCCCGGUAAAACAGCACCUCCUCCCAACACUGCACCCCCCGGUAAAACAGCACCUCCUCCCAACACUGCACCCCCUGCUAAUAAAGCACCUCCUCCCAACACCGCACCCCCUGCUAAUAAAGCACCUCCUCCCAACACAGCACCCCCCGGUAAAACAGCACCUCCUCCCCCUCCAACGCUCCCACGACCUGACAAACAUGUCAAACCAAAGCCUCAAGUCCAGACAAAGCUCAAGCUGGAGCACAGUCAGCUGCCAACGGCUCAGUCUCCCAGCCAGGCGACUCUUGUCAGCAUAUUACAAAGGAAAAUGUUGGAGAUGGACCAGAAAAUGACACCGAUGAAGGAGGCAGAGUCCACCGAUGACUGGGUCACCAGUCCGUCCGACGAGGACAAAAAGGUCCCAGUUGUGCCGAGAGCCGAACCACAGAGCCAAAGCACUGCUGUUCCCAGCAAAGCAGCAACUCUGAACAUGAAGGAGUUGGAGAGCAAAGUGGUGAAAAAGUAUCAGAGCAGCAAAGCUCCUACCAGCAGCGAGCCCAAAUUCAAACAGCAGUACGGCAAGACCUUUAACAUCCGGCCUGGAAGCAAACAGCCCAUAACUCUGGUUACUAAUGGGGAUGCUUAGGGAGCGGAGUGUGGCUUUCAUUUUCUUGAAUCAUUUGUUGUGUAGAGGUGUUGUAGGGUUGCAAAUGUAAAAUAGAAUAAUGUACAGUCUCUUGACUAAAUGCCUUUCUGCUGUUACACGUGUGAUAUUUAAGUUUUCUGAAACCAAUCAGAAUCCGUUCCUCACAUUUACUGAUCUGAAGCGUCAUGUUGCUGUUCCACAGUGACAUUUCUUAGCUAGAAGUGUACAUUUGAGCUUGUAUGAUAGUUAAUAAAAAGUUUUAUGAACAUUA